GAUGUUCACAAGAUCGCGGUUACAAAACAGCCAUGGCUUUUGAUACAAGAGAUCCCAUGCAGCUUGCGCAGAUCAUAUCAUCGAACAUCCAGAAGAUAACACAAAGCACUUCUGAGAUACAAAGGAUAGUAAAUCAACUCGGAACUGUACAUGAUUCUGCAGAGCUCCGCCAUCAACUACAGCAGAAGAUACAGUUUGUGAAUAAACUUGCCAAGGACACAGAUGUUUGCCUCAAGGACUUCACCUCUCUUCCUGCAGACAGUGAUCAGAGACAGAGAAAACUGCAGAAAGACAGACUCUUGAAUGAGUUCUCCUCUUCACUGACAAACUUUCAGAAAAUUCAGAGACAAGCUGCAGAGAAGGAGAAAGACUUUGUGGCCAGAGUCCGAGCAGGUUCCAGAGUAUCUGGUGGUGGAGCAGAGGAUGGCCUCAGAGAUGGAGCACUGGUCAACUGGAAUAAUGAGAGCCAAUCCCAGGUAAUGCAAGAAGAUGACAUUACAGAAGAUGACAUGAGGCUGAUAGAAGAGCGGGAAUCCACAAUACUUCAACUUGAGGAAGAUAUUAGAGGAAUAAAUGAAAUAUUUAAAGACUUGGGUAUGAUGGUUCAUGAGCAAGGAGAAAUGAUUGACAGCAUAGAGGCCAAUGUGGAAACUGCUGAUGUUCAUGUCCAAAAUGCUAACCAGCAACUGGCCAGAGCAGCGGAGUACCAGCGCAAAUCCCGGAAGAAGAUCUGUAUUAUCAUCGUUGUGCUCAUUAUAGUUGCAGUAGUUCUUGGACUGAUUAUCUGGGGAGCAACAAAAAAUUAAAGAGGUGUCCUCACAAAUGCCUUUAAAUUCCAACGCUUCUUGACAAAUUGGUGAAGUGGUCCUCACAGUGAAAAUGAAGAAAUUGAACGUGAAUAUUCUAAAUAUGAAAUGUCUUACUUGCACUUUAACAGCACUGCACAGUGAUGGGUUUCAUAGUGUGUUAGCAGCGAUAAACAUCUGUAAAUAUGGCUUGCCACAGAAUGAAAUGAUUAACAUAGGGACACAU